UGACGCUUGCUUUUGACGUCAGAGCCACUCGCCGUGCCACAUGUGUUGAAGGAGUCGAUUUGUUUCAAGAAUUUCCCCCCAAACAUCUUGGAAUGGACAUAUAACUUUAUGGAUGAAGAUAAUAUUUUACAUGGAAAUAUACUGUUCACUCUUACAAAGUAAGAAUCACAUGAAAUGAAAGUGUUUUGCGGUAACUGCUUUAAAGAGUAACGUGAGUGGAUCGCCGCAGAGUGAACUUUUCGGUCUCUGAUAGCGGUCACAUCUAAUUAUGGCUCUUCCGGAGAAGAAUGAAGUUACAGCAGACCUAGAAACACAACCCAUGGUCGAUGAAGAAGAGUUGAAUGACUCUAAACGAGAGGAAGAUGAGAAGCAGGAGGAUAAUGCAGGCGAUGCUGAGCAGGAGAUGAACUGUGAAGAUGACAGUGCUGAUGGUGAAGCUCUUGAUCUGGAUGUAAAUGAAGAAGAUGACUCUGAGAAACCGAAGGGCAAAAAAUGUAUCCCUGGUAUCGUGUAUUUGGGACACAUUCCUCCGAGGAUGAGACCAAAACACAUGCGGACUAUGCUGAGUGUGUACGGAGAGAUCGGGAGGAUCUUCCUUCAGCCUGAAGAUCGCUGUGUGAAAAGGAAGAAAAAGAAAGCAGGAAGCAAUUCAUCCAGUUUCACGGAGGGCUGGGUGGAGUUCAGAGACAAGCGCAUCGCUAAAAGAGUCGCAGCCAGUCUGCACAACACACCAAUGGCCAACAAGAAGAGGAGCCGCUUCAGCAGUGACCUGUGGUCCAUGAAGUACCUGCACAGGUUCCAGUGGUGCCAUCUCAGCGAACGAUUGGCUUACGAGCAAACUGUGUAUCAUCAGCGUAUGAGAACAGAAAUCUCCCAGGCCAAGAAGGAGACUAACUUCUACCUGGCUAGUGUGGAAAAGAGCCAGAGGCUUGAGAGCCUAAGGAAGAAGAAGGAGAAGAAGGGAGAGGUCAUAGAGGAAAAGACGUGGGACUACAAACAGCGACCUACAGAAGAAGAGAUCCACCUGAAACGCUUUAAGAACAAAGGCUUGUCCAAGAAGAACCUCCAGAAGGCACAAGAGAAGAGCAAAACCAUCCAGGACAAAGCUCAGUCAAAUGUUUCCCUCCUGGCCAAGAUCUUCAGUAGUAGAAAGGCUCAGGACUGAUGUUUUGGGGAAUCGCUUAUUUUUUGUAUUUCUGUACAAGCUUUUCAACAUACAAUCUUUCGACAUAUCGACACAAUCGACACAGAACUUAUGUAAACCUCAUGUAGAUUGUUCUGAUUGACCGUUUCAUACAUUCAGAAUAAAAACACUGCACAACGCUACUUCUAUUUCUAUCUAUUUUCCCAUGAAAAGAGGCUUAACAUCUUCUGAAAGCGUAAUGCAUUGUUCAUUCAUUAAAUAGUUCUCUAAGUCUACCCCA